AUGACAACUUUAACCUCUUUUCUUUUCUCCCUCUUCCUCCUCCCCCUCCUCUCCUCCUCCGCCGUUUUCCUAUCAGAAAUGUUUCAAAACAACACACAAACCUUCUCGGUCUUCGACUUCCUAUCUAUGGCGCUGACCCUCCAGCUCACCUCCCCUAAUUUGCUUCUCAAUUUGUCACUAGCAGCCACCAUAUUCGCCCUUUCCGAUGCUGCCUUCCUCCGUUCUGGCCAACCGUCUUUUCUUUUGCUUCAAUUUCAUAUUUCCCCUCUAAGACUUCAUCCCCAAAACCUCUCUGCUCUUCUCCCCGACGCAACCAUCCCCACCUUGUUGUUAAACCACUCAUUGAUCGUCACUUCUCUGUAUGACGGCGUUGAUUUCACCAUAAACAAUAUUAAGAUCGAAGUUUCUCUAGUUUACGACGAUGGAUCGUCAAUGUUUAUAGACAGAAUUGAAGAAUUCUUUAAUUCUUCUUUCGUGAUGCAUCAAAAUUUGGCCCCGACUUCGACCCUUGGUUCAAUGGUUAGCGAUCUGUUGUGGAGUGACCCAUCUGGGUCUGGUGCUAGUUUUUUUUGCUCUGGCGAUGGCAAUCCCCAAUAUUACACAGUCGGAGACAGUAAAAGAUUGAGGAAGUUGUGGGGUGGAAGUGGAUGGGUAGAUGAGGAGUGA